UGCAUAUGAUCCCAGUAGUCCUCUUUUGAUAUUUUAAAAAUUCCAACACCUUGAGAAUUGCUCUCAUCUCCAUAAUUCGCAAGUGAGGAAUUGACGCUGUUGUAAAACUUGAUGAGUGGGUCCUCGGAAAAUAGGAAAAGAUAUCCUCCAAAGAUAUCGAAGCAUAUGUACAAAACGAUUAGCACCGAGUACUAGAAACAAAUGAUAAAUACAUAAUUGCCAAUAGUGUGACAACCUUUGCAAUAUUUUUGGAGUGAUUCUGUAACAUACAAUAAUUGAAAUAAUUAUUCUCGCAGUUAUCGAUGAGAAGCAGCCAGCAGUUGUGACGAUAAUUAAAAAUAAUCCGUAAAUUAUUAGUAUUGUUGCUGGAGUGGAUAUGCCCAAAUCCUCAGGCCUAGUUACUCGUAUAGUGUCAUUGGCGAUUCCAAUAACAAAGCCACAUAUUACUGCCAGGAUACUCACUACCUUAAAAAUAUAAUAAGUAUGAUGCAGUUUUUAGUAACAUGCUGGCAAGUUAAUUGAUACAAAAUUACACUUACAUACUCUUCUUAUUCUUACCCAAAUCAUAGCAUUUGAGAUAUAAAUGACAACUUGAAGCGACAUGGCAAAGCAUCGUAUGCUGCAGCAACGUUUUCGGCCCAUAUUUAUUACAGUGUUGAGAAAUUCUGACUUGGAAUAAUGAAAUUGAAUUCCGAAGAAGAAGCAACUCUUUGCUCUGCUAUUGCCUAUUUCACAAAACUGAAAAAUAUGAGACUGCGUCUUCAUUUCUUAUCAUUCGUGAAUAGUAUCCAAGUAACGUUGGAUAAAUAGUCGUCUGGGUUUAUAUUUUUUUAAGUCGCAUGCCAGCAAGAUUGCUUGACAAUUUAUCAUAAUACAAGGUUACGACAAUUGCUUCGAGAGCCUCAAAAACCUUAAUUUUUGACGGGCUAAUUAUUUGCGGCCGUCGCUAACGGUAAUUAAAGCACAAAAAUUUUUCUGGAACGCCGGAAUAGCCGACUUCGCAUUUACAACUGCGCUGAUCCUUGUAUCCAUGGUUAAAAAAUUAAUUCGAGAGCACGAAAUGUGAGUUGAUAAUUUUUGUGCGAUUUGUUGCUGGGCGACAGUUUGUGCGGCGCACACUGGUUCCAAAAGGUACCAGGGUUUUCGAAAAUUGACGUUUUUUAGUCGUCGAAGCAAUUGUCGCAACCUUGUAAUUAUUACUAAAGUUGUCAAGCAACCUUGGCAUGCCAGGGUGAAUUAAAGCAUUUGCUCUAAACACCGGCGGCGUAGCCGUUAGUGAUUGAAGAAUCCUGGUCGCAUGCAAAUAUUUUUAUACAACAUAUAUUAUUAAUGUAAUGACAUGAUUUAUAACAAGCAUUAAAUUCCUUUAAGCUACAACAAUCAGAACUGCUAUAUCGUUCUUAACAAGCGAAAUCAUGAGUAGUGAGGAGAGCGGAAGUAGGUCAUCCGACUAUGACUUUCUCCAGGAGAUGGAAAAGACAAUUGAUGUCGUGGGACACAUAACCGAUUUUGAGUGGGACCUCCGAAAUCGACAGUGGGAGGAUGAACGGGAAAAACUCAUGAGUCAAAUGCUGCACAACAACGUGUGGCACAUGCUAUUUCAGCGACGCAAGGACUCGGAAGCUCAGCCUGGCACUGCCACCAGCCUCACAGCCACAUCAAUUUUCUCAACUGCAUCCAACGUGAAAGGAGCAGAGUCGACAUUGGACGACGGCAGUCGUGGGGGUGGCGCACCCCCUCGACAGUCAAGCAGGCGUAGCCAUGUGGGAAAACGUGGUCAUCGGAGCUCCACGCCAAGCAGCAAAGUAGGAAGAUCCGUUCCUGGCACCUCCACGAGCAACGUUUCUCGUAUCGUGUGGAAGGUUCCCAAACUGUCGCAGCUGGAGUUAUUUAAAUACUUACAAAAUUGGGAUAAGUCAUCGUAUGGGAAGAGAGACAGAAUUAUAAUGGACUUCAUUCAUACGUAUGAUACCAAGGAACACGUUUAUGACACUGAGGCCACUUUUUCAAAUGGAGGUAGCUUGAUAUUUUGUCGCUUCACCGUUGGUCUGCACAUUUGUUUUUUGAAGCAUCGGAAAGUUUGGCAUUAUUAUGACGCUUUGGGAAUUUUUGCAAAAUCACUCCAAAGCAAUAAGUACACUGAAGAAUUUCUUCGCCUAGGAGGAUUAAAUUACAUCAUUCAAGUUGUACGCAUUGAAGAAUCCGUCGAAACAGAUAAGUUGCGGGCCUGUCACUUUCUCCUAAAUCUGAUGAAAGGCCGUAACGGACAUGCGGUGAAACAGUUCAUCUGUGAUACUCCUCAUUUAUUGGAAUCGCUAGUGGAUUCGCUAACAAUGUGCAAAAACAAAGAACUCAUCAAAAGUUGUGGUCACAUCUUUGAAAGCUUGUGCAUUGAAAUACCUCCACCCAAUAUUCCGGUCAUUUGUGGAUAUGUUAUGCAUGCUUUGCCCUGCGAUUUUAAUCCUAUGCUUCAGUCAAUGGCGUUCAAAGUACUACAAAGUUUCAUACGCUUAAAGCCAUCCCUGUCAACUAAAUGUAUCAAACCAAUUUUGGAUAAUUUGAGGACACCGGAUACGGAUCUGCUGGUUUCCAUGAGCAACUUGAGCUUGGUUAUUCUCCAAACCAAAUACGGUGGGGACCUCAUUUCUUCCCUCAUGGUCGCAGCGGAAGGGAUUCAUCUCCGAGAAUUGUUCCGCAGCGUUUUUCGCUCUCAUUUGCAAACAGGCAAAGGUUUAUCCACCAGAGAAGUUACUCAAGAUAUGAAAAAACAAAGGGAGAAACGGGAAAAAAUUCGCCUGAAACAAUUGCGUUAUGAUCAAUAUAUGCACCAAGCGGGAGCUCUGUUUGUCCUCAACCAAAUGAUGACGCACAAAGUGGACUUUGUCAAUGAUUUUGUGGACAAGGGAAUUUUUGGAUUGUCGCUAAAAACUCUAGGAUCGUGUCCCCACUGGGAAGUGCAAGGUCAAGGUGUUACAAUGGUCAAGUUUCUAUUUUCUGUGUCAAUGGAAUGCGCUCUGUCCUAUUAUAUGAUGCUACCUCCAAGGAUGUUGGAACUUAUUCUGUCAAAGCCCGAAGAGUGCCUAAGAUACUUCACCUCGCCAAUUUGUGUCCUUCUCCGCAAACUGGGAAGAUUUUCUCUAAGAAUGUGGACACGCUGGGUGGAGAAAGUUGUCGUAGUGGCAAAACUGUAUGCCAAAGGGUCAAAAAUUCCUCCAGAAGUUUUUCAAAUGACUCAGAUGGCAAGAAAAGUUUAUGAAAUUCACCAAGCUAUUGCAGAUCUCUUGGACUUCCCUGUGAUGGAAGCGUCACCAAAAACUCCAGACGAAACAGAAGCAGAAAGGGAUGACCAUCAAGAUUUCUUGGAUAGCAGUGAUGAGGAGAAUAUGGGGCAGUACAAAGAAGGGAAAGAUGUCAUCAUGGGUGACAGUCGAUUUGAAGACUUUAAGACUUACUUGGAAGAUCAGGAUGAAUAUAUCAUUUCGGAGGAUCGGCUGGAUUUGCGGAUGGAUAUGGAGAAAGGCAAAGUCUUGGGGAAAGAUGACGAUGACGAUAAAGAAUUGGACGCUUAUCAAAUGGCAAUGCUGGAAGAUGUAGAAAAGACUGAAAACGUCCCUUCUUCUGCAGCAGAAAACACGUCUGAUGGGGUGGAUAGCACUGAAUCUGCCGGAGAGUUUGAAGGCCCAGACAUUCAAAAUGACACCGUCCGCAGAAUCUCAAACGCAAAAAGCGAAAUUUGACUUAUUUAUUUUAUUUCUUAAAUCCAUCCUCCAGUCAUCAUCGUCCACAAAUAUCAUUAUAUCAUAAAGUAAAUCUAUAGUAAAUGCAUAAACCAAUAAUUUUUAAUUAGUGCGAACAUUCAUUAUCAUUUGCAUGCAUGCUUAGAAACAUGUCUGUGAACUAUUUACAUCAUCCAUUUAAAGCAUUCAUAACUCAUACAUAGACAUACGUAUAUGCAUAGACAUAAUUUUUGCAAAGAUCAAAAAAGUUUAGCGUUAGAACUCUUUAGCCCAAUUUCAAG